GGGAGAGAGACGGGUACAGAGAAGGAGAGAGAGAGAGAGAGAGAGAGAGAGAGAGAGAGAGAGAGACGCGAAUCCACCGAGCAGGAGAAAGUAUUCUUGGAAAGGAAUUCCAAAUGGAUGGGAUGAAACCAGCCAUGGAGUCGACGGCCGAGGAGAACCCUGAUGAGAGGGAAGAGAGCAAAGGUUGCUUGGACUGCUGCAUUAAGUGUCUGGGCGGGGUGCCGUACGCCUCAUUGGUGGCCACCAUCCUGUGCUUUUCGGGAGUGGCGCUGUUUUGUGGCUGUGGGCAUGUGGCACUGACAGGCACUGUGACUAUGCUGGAGAACCACUUCUCCCGCAUCACAUCAGACCACGCCACCCUCAUCAACGUUGUUCAGAUUCUGCAGUACAUCAUUUACGGCAUCGCCUCUUUCUUCUUCCUCUAUGGCAUCAUCCUGUUGGCUGAGGGCUUCUACACGACCAGCGCCGUCAAAGAGAUGCACAGCGAAUUUAAGACCACUGUGUGUGGCCGCUGCAUCAGUGCCAUGUUUGUGUUCCUGACCUACAUCCUGGGCUUGGCUUGGCUGGGCAUCUUCGGCUUUUCCGCAGUGCCUGUCUUCCUCUUCUACAACAUGUGGACCACAUGCGCCGCCAUGAAGUCUCCCAUCGCCAACCUCACCUCUGUGGACAACAUCUGUGUGGACGUGAGGCAGUACGGAGUCAUUCCUUGGAAUGCUGAUCCUGGUAAGGCAUGUGGACAAACCUUGGCUGACAUCUGUAACACCAGUGAGUUCUAUUUGUCCUACCAUCUCUACAUUGUUGCGUGUGCCGGAGCUGGAGCCACUGUGAUUGCACUGAUCCACUAUCUUAUGAUCCUGUCGGCUAACUGGGCAUAUCUGAAGGGGGCGUGCCAGCAGACCCAUGCCUACCAGGACAUCAAGACCAAGGAUGACGCCGAACUGCAAGAUGUGCAGUCGCGCUCUAAGGAGGGCCUCAAUUCUUACUCAUAAACAAGGCGAAGUCACGCCACAUGCUGCGAAAAAUUAUAUCUUUCCAAGAGAAUACAUCUUGAAUGUAGGCAAAAUAUUGACCAUUGCUGAUUAUAUCUUUAUUGUAAGAUUAUUAUCAGAUUAUUCAGUCUAUUUCUAUAUUUUUUACCUAUUUUAAGUGACAUUUUCACACUGCACUGCCAGAUACUUUUGCUUAUUUUAAGAAAUAAUGUUUGAGGGAAGUAAAUUGUGACUGUCAGACAAAACCUCAUAUCUUUUACAGAAGGAAAAAACCUUGCCUUUGAAUGGGAAUUCAUUUCUAUUGGUCGAUUCAGCAUCAAAUUUGAGUAUAAUGUAAUAUGCAGCUGCCAAAUUAUGUAAAAGAAAUUCAAAAUGACAAAAAUGGAGAUACAAGGCUUUGUUGUCUCAACAGCAGUUUAGUCGGGUAAUUUCACCUGAUUGCCUAAAAUACGAUAAUAUGAUCUAAGUAGGUGAAAUUAUUUUGUAAUAAUUUUACACUAAUCUCAUAAUGAGAAAUGCCAAAUAUAUGGCCUACAUUCAAGAUAUUUUCUCUUGCCAACAUAUAAUUUUUUCCAGUGCAGAUCGACUUAACCCUCCUUUUAACCCCACAACUUCACACACAUACACACACAGAAAUACAAUACAAUGCUAACUAACAUGGCCUAGUAGUGCGCUGCAACAACAGUGUGUUAUAACAAUGCAGUUAUAAGCAGUUACGACCACGGUAUGACAUUGGUUAUUGGUUUUAUGUAAAAGUUAUAAGAAAUGACAGAAUCCAUUUUGCAGAUUGUGCAGUUAAUGAUGAUAUAGAUGUGUUUUAUUCGAUGUUGGUAAGGUUGUAUGAAAAUGCAUGUGUAAUUAUUUCAGUGCUCGUUGCUAAUGUCUUAAAAAAAUAUAUUGAAAGUGCUGAGCCGUGCUCGUAACUGGGUUGUCUCUGGCUUCAUGACGCACUGUUGGAGUAAAGCACUACCUCACAGCUGUUACUGUCUGCACUAACACAAUACAGACAUUUUGCAGGAACUUCCUUUUUUGGUGUUUUAUACAUAUAUAAAUAUAUAUAAAUGUGUGAAAGUGUACGAAUGUUGUUGGUUUUUUUAAUACUUAACGUAUGCCAGGUUUAAUAUGAUAUUUCUCUGGUCUCUUUCUCUCUCUUUCUUGGUUACCACGACUUCUGUUUUUUUUCCGAACUGCUUUUUUUGUAUUACUAACCUUCUUUCUUUUUCUUUUUUAUACUGGUACUUGAUACAUUGCACUAUUCUAAAAUGGCAAGACUAUAAACACUUCUCUAAAAAGUGUGAAUUUCUUGGUAAAUUGUUGUUAAUUAUAACUCAAGAAAAAGGAACGUGAACUGCGGAAUAAUUCUACAUUGAAAAAAAAUUGUUCUUUGAAUUUGCUAGAGUGAAGCUUGUACAUCAGUUGCACAUGAGUAAAAUCACUAUUAUGAAACUGGAUAGAACUGGUUCUAAAAUCUGACUGGCUGAGGCAGGUUUGAAGCUGGGGUAAAAUACAUCCACCUAUGGCUGCACAUCAUCAACUGAAUUCUGUAUUCAUGCAGCAAGUUGAAUACAGCUUGGCAGCCAUAGCCUACUCUUAGCAAUCUGUACUGUUUAUCAGUGGAGUUGUUUACUGUGAUUAAUAUCAAUAGAAGCCUAAAUUAAAUUACCUAAUAAUUGUCAAAUUAUCGUAUUUUAACAACACCUCCUAACAUAGAAUCAUUAUUAUUGCUUUAUACACUGCAUAGUACAUAAUGAUUGCCAACCUUUAGUAAAUAUUGUAUGUAUUUACUUAGUUUAGUCAAUGAUAUAAUAUAUUUUAUUCAUGUGAAACUGAUAUACACAAAAAAUGAGGGCACUGGUUUGUUUGUGUAAUAUAGUAGUAUUAACAUAGUGACAAAACAUUGCAAUUUAUGUUGAUAAAGUAAUUAAUAUUAAAUUGGAAGGAGAAAUAAUAACGUAAACUACACAAACAGCGUUAUAAUCUGAUUACUUAGAACUGUAUGGAGUAUUAUAUUCUCAGUGGAAACAAAAGAACUUAGAGGCACAGAGAGCAUUUAACUAUUCCUCAUUUCUCCUCAAUUGUAGAUGUUCUUUGAGGGGCAAUGAACACUUCUUCUUUUAGUGGUCCAAACACAGAUUAUUAAAGCAGUGAAACUGCACUGAAUUUACCUGAUUCAGACGUGAACAUCAUUUCCACACAAAUACAAUCUAUUACAUUAAACCAGUUAUUGCCAAAACAAAGGGAACUGAAAGGCAAAUCGUGGUUAAAGUCAACAUGAAACAUUUUCUCUUGGGGGAGGUUAAGCUGUUAAUUGGCUUCUAUUAUUUUUGCUCUGCCCACUGGUGCACAGUGAUGCAAUCAAAAAUCAGUGGAGUUUUAGAGAUGGGUCAAAAAUCAGUACAAUUCAAUCGAAGAUUUAAAAAAGGUCAAUUUUCAUUCCAAUAUGACUUUAAUGUAGUAUAUUUGUUGUGGAAAUGAUACAGAAAGAAGUAAAUUCAAUGCAUAUUUUUUCAGAACUGUUCAAAAAAAGGAUCUGUAACAGAUUAUUAAAAAUACAUUCAACUUUGUUUAUAUACAUGCUUUCGAUACUGGUGGUUUAUUUUUUGCUGUCUUCUUGUGGAACCUUCUCAUGGCUGGCUUGAUGAUAUUUACCGAGAGUUUUUGUGAGCUGAUCAGUGAUUUCCUUCAGUAUGUGGAUAUGUGUUAUCCCGAGACCGCCACGUAAAAAAGACAUGACAGGAAUUCCAUGAUUUUAUGACUGAGCCUUGUUUUCACAGUGUGUGUAUAUAUAUAUAUAUAUAUAUAUAUAUAUAUACAGUAUAUAUAGUUAGUGGUUUUUCUCUCUUCCUCACUAUGGAUUCUCACCACAAUUCUCUUUUUCUUCGCUCUCGCUUUAAAAACGUUGAAACACUAACUCUUCUUUCUGACGUCUCAGAACUCUUAAGCAUGUUAGUAUUGUCCAUACCGUGGUAUUUACUACCGAUUAUAAACUGUUCUCUUGCUGUAUGUUCUGUUCUGUUAAAGGGACGUGACUGCAGGGAUGUGCCCACUACUUCUUUAUUUUUCUUUUUUUGCCCUGUUUUUGUAUAAGAAGAUGUGUGCCUGAAUGUUCUAUCGUUCCCUCGUUAUUGCAUGAAGGAGAGAUAAUAUUCUAUUUUUUUUUCUUUCGCGGUUCCAUAGGUGAUGUGUAGUCCACUGUUCUGACGAACUAUGGUAGACAGUGUUUCCCCCCUUUACCCCGCCUACCCUCCCUUUAAAAGAAAAAAAUAAUAAUCCAUUGUACGUUGAUGGAAAUUGUAGUCCUAGAUGUUUCAUAGUCCAUUUUAUUUGAAAAGUCAAAUGUUUUAUGAAUCCUGUAUAGUGAUGAUUUUUGUAACCUUCUCUAGUAAAAUAAUAUUUUCUAUGAUCGACA